UGGCGGACGCAUCCUCCCCGCAAAGGGGAGACGCAAACCUCGGGCUGAGGGGGGGGGGUGACCUAAGGCACGUGUGGCCCUGGCGGCUGGUGCUCUGGGCUAUGACGGGGGCUAGGUGUGGGGCUGUGGGCCCGGCAGGUCAUGGGAAGGCACCAUGCCCCCCCCCCCCCCAGGGUUAUGGCUGGAGCUUGGUGCAGGGAGUGGUUGUGGGGCGGGGGGAGGCAGGAGGAGCACAGCUGGGGCUGAGCAGUGGUGCCCCCCCAGCCUGCACGUUUUGUUUCUCUUUGGCUCAGGCACGGCUGGGGCUUGGAUGAGCAAACGAUGCUUGCCCGCGGCAGACAGAUGUUUGUUGGCUUCUCAGGCUACUGGAAGCCUUUUUUCAGAGGCCGGGUCCUUCUAGUUACAAAUACUGUGAGCUGUGGGGCUCUCUUGGCGACUGGCGACACCCUCCAGCAGACAUGGGAAAUGAGGAAGGACCCGGAGCGGAAGCGGGAGCUGGGCCGUACAGCUCGGAUGUUUGCUAUUGGCUGCAGCAUGGGCCCGUUCAUGCAUUACUGGUAUCUCUGGUUAGACAGAGCAUUUCCUGCAAGUGGAUUAAAAGGAAUUAAAAUUGUCCUGAAGAAAGUCUUCAUUGACCAGAUCGUAGCAUCUCCGGCCUUGGGAAUCUGGUAUUUUCUGGGGAUGGGGUCGCUGGAGGGGCAGACACUGGAGGAAAGUUGGGAGGAGCUGAGAGAGAAGUUCUGGGAAUUUUACAAGGCAGACUGGUGCGUCUGGCCAGCAGCUCAGGUGAUUAACUUCCUGUUCCUUCCUCCCACGUAUCGGGUGAUUUAUGUGAACGUGGUGACCUUGGGCUGGGACACGUACCUUGCCUACCUCAAACACAGGCACAAGCAGCCACUCAGUGCCGAAGCUGAGCUGAAGAGCAGCAUUCAGCAUCACCACACUGGGGUGAAAACUGGGGGCUGACAAGCUGUUUGCAAGGACUGCUGCUCUGGUUCCAUCUGUUCCUGUGAGAUGCCAAUCAAGUGCCAAUUCCAGAUUCUUUCCUGGGGGAGGGAGCUGGCUCCCAUGCAGCCCAGAAAAAAUAUCCUGAUCAAGUGAACAAAAUGCUUCCUGGAGACAAAUGACUACCAUUGUCCUGUGGCCGACCCAGCCAGCUGGGUGUGGAAGAGAAACAUGAGGGGGUCUCUCUCUGAGUUAGCAUUUAACUUCCUAGCCACAAACCCAGUGACUUUAAAAUGAAGAAUCAUGUGUCAACAGGCUGCGUAACAUGACUGAGUUUCUUAUUCCUCCACUGACUUCUGGGGAAGCGGGGCAGGUGCGGCACGUUACUGUUUGCCACUAAGUGAGCCAUGAUCCUUAAAAUAAUCCCAUGACUUGGAACCAAUUUAAUUUAUUCUCACUGUGUCUGAAAACUGUAUUUUGCUAGAAAUGGUGAUGUGCCAAAAUGUCACUUAAAAAAAAAUUAUAUGAGACCUUAAUGACGUAGCUUGUCUUUAGAAACAGUAACUGCACCCCAGCGUGGGAAUUUAAAGCUCACCCUCUAGGAAGUGGGGGCUGCUCACUUAUAACUGGAGCUAUGGGGUUGGUCUUCCUUGCAGCCAGGCUGAGUGGCUGCAAACACUGAUCUAAGCUCAGGCUUGAGGGGGGAGCCUGGAUCAGUCAGACCCAGCUUUGUAGAAAGAGCCCCCAGUCCAGGCUUAAGAGAAAACAGCAGCGGAGUAGAUGGGGUCCCUUCCCGUCACAGACUGGCGAGUGCGAGCCCAUGUGAGGCCUCACGGAGCUAGGGCGUUCCAGGACAGGAACUAGUGCAGCGGUGUGGUGCCUGAGCGUCUGCUGGAGGACUCACGCCCUGGGGCUGCUGAAAAUGAGCCUGAAUGACUUGUGAUCAGCAUUAAUUUAUUUCGUCACAACAGCUCGUGAAUACAGUGAUCGUUAGGAAAUUGUACUUUGACACGUUUGACAUUUGUACAGUACAGCGUAGUUUUUUCCAUAUAAGUAAACGUCACAAAAAUAGGAGGUUGGAUGUGUGUGUAUCUGUAAAAUAAAGAGGGUUCACCAAGAAAAAUAAAUCGAGGGAAGCAACGCACCGGGUUUGGGCAUUGAUAGAAUUCUAUCUACUGCUUCACGGUCUCCACAAUAACACAUUGCUAGAGUAACAGACAAGGAACAGCGAGGCCUGUAGCAAACUCGCCCCCUUCAGCUGCUAGUGCAACAUCCUGGGGCAGGU